AUGAAUAUUAAAAAUACCAAGGAUGACGAGGUUGACACCUUUUGGAAAAAUCAGUUAAACGAAAUAUUAAAUAUGACUGUAGAUGAUUUAAGAACCCACAAUUUACCCAUUUCAAGAAUUAAAAAAAUUAUGAAGGAAGAUGAUGAAAUAAAAAUUAAUCAGAUGGUAUCAGCAGAUACCCCUGUUUUACUGGCAAAAGCAUGUGAGUUAUUCAUUAUGGAACUAACUAACUACGCUUGGAAGUUUACAGAAGAAAGCAAACGAAGAACACUGCAAAAACAGGAUGUAAUUUCCGCUGCUUGUAAAAGGGAUGUGUUCGAUUUCUUGAUAGAUCUAAUACCCAUAGAAGAUAGAAUAAAAUUCAUCAAUCUGAAUACCAAGGGAAGUACAAAAAGAAACAGCAACAACAAUAACGACAGCAGUAGCAACAACAGCAGCAGUAGCAACAACAGCAGCAGUAGCAACAACAGCAACAAUAGCAGCAACAGCAACAAUAACAACAACAACAGCAACAACCACAGCAACAGGGGCAAUUACAGAAUUGGAAACAAUGGAAAUCAUAGUACAAAUUAUAUGAACAAUCAUAAGGCUGAUUUCGACACAACGAAGCAAUACUAUAAUCUUUAUUCUACGGUAAGCAAUGAUAAAAGUGGAUUAAACAUGCAGACGUUUAAUGCUGAAAUUUCAGAAAUUGCAGAAAUAUCUGAGAGCGAAUUAAAUACGGCAAAUGCAUUAGAAAUAGCCAACAUGAAGAACACAAACAAUACGGUUCACCACUCCGACACUACUCAUAACUUCAUGGGAAAUUUAAAUUCCAAUUACAAGAAUAAUGACCCAGAUAAGCCAUCGAUACGCUCAGUCAACCUUCCUUCUAAUAUCGCAAAUAAUAUAUUCCUCAACUUUAAUCAAGACAGUAAUUUUUCGGAAGAGAAUUCCAGCUCAAAUAGCAUAAACGAAAAAUGUGUUCAUAAGAACUUGGAAGGGUGUAAUAAUAUUCAUCCGAAUCCCCACAGUAGCAAUAGAAUCCAAUGUGCUCUUGCAUCUGGCAUAGCUAAUUACAACAAUAGGGGAAAUUGUAUGAAUAAGAACGAUAACUCAACAAAUGAUAAUUUAGGGAACAGCAACAUGAACACAAAUGAUUCUAAUUAUAAAGGUUAUUCUUCUCUAAACAAUGAUAUAACAAGAAAUUACAAACAACAGAAUGUAAAGAACAUACUGAUUGAACCCGCUAAUAUAUGCAAUAAAAUGCAUCAAAAUAUAUCUACCAGUAGAACUGUAAACAUUCCAAACACUAUACAAAACAAGGACAUUAGCAGUGCGAAUAAUCCAACAAAUCAAAAAUUACAGGAACUGAAAAAUAAAUUUGGAUACAUCAUUCAUACAGCAAAUGCGUUAGACAUGUCUAAUUUGUCUAACAUGCCCAACGUUUCAAAUGAUAAUGGACGUAAUGGAAAUGGUAGCAUUGAUUGUAAUAGCAACAUCCAUAUGAACCCCAAUACACAUCUAACUUCAUCAGCAUCUUUGCAUAAUGCAGUGACAACAUCUUCACUUGAUAGAUAUUGCCACUACAACAAUAUGAAUAAUGAAGAAAUGAAAAAAGAAAAUUUUCGUAUAAAACUUCCAUCUAUACAAGACAUGCAGAUUCAUGAUAUAAACUCAAAUUUUCAAUCAUAUCAAAGCAUUAAAACAGAUGAUAAAGCAAAUGAUGUCAUGAAUCCAAAGCAAGAUUAUAUUUAUAAUUAUAAUCAAACUGGGUGUAACAAAAUUAGUGGAAAUUUAAACACUCAAAAUAUACCAAAUGGGAAUAUUAUUAACAAUAUUACAAGAAGUAACAUUAUGAAUAAUAUGACAAAUAUAAAUUUAAAUGAUUCUUCCGUUACAAAAAAUACUUCCCAUUGUUCUUCUUCCUUUGGUCAUAAAAACACACAGAACAGUGACAUACCAAAAAUGAUAGCCGGAAAAAUGCUAAACAAUAAUGAAAUCAAAAAUUUUUAUAAAAAUAAUAAUUCAAAAAAUAAUUUUAUCAAACAGAGUAAUAGUAUCCAUUUAAGUGAUUAUAAUAACAUUCCAACUAAUCUAAAAAAUGAUAUGAUGAAUCUAAACCACAUACCCACAAAAUCCAAUGUGGAAAUAAAUAAGGACUUACUAAAUAAUUAUUUCAAAAUGAAUAACAAUGGUGUAACUGCCACAAGUACUACUACAUCAACUGCUUCAACAACUGCAGCUACAAGUAUUGCAGGUAUUCAAAAUCGAAAAACCCUUGGGAAACACAUCAUUCACAAGGUAAAUACUCCACAUAGAGGUGAUAACCGAAUUACUGACAGUUUCUUACAUAAUGGUCAGCUUAAUGAGGAUCUACUAAAUGAGGAUCUACUAAAUGAGGAUCUACUAAAUGAGGAUCUUCUAAAUGAGGAUCUUCUAAAUGAGGAUCAUCUAAAUGAGAGUCAGCUUAAUGAGAAUCAGCUUAAUGAGAAUCAGCUGAAUGAGAGUCAGCUGAAUGAGAGUCAGCUGAAUGAGAGUCAGCUGAAUGAGAGUCAACUGAAUGAGAGUCAACUGAAUGAGAGUCAACUGAAUGACGGCUUUUUGAACGAAGAACUAAUCAACGAUAGUCUUAUGAACAACGAUCGAUUAAAAAAUAACAUAUUGAAUAACAGCCAUCUAAUUGGAAAUCAGUUGAAUGGGAACCAAUUAAUGAAAAAGCACUUGGUCAAAAAUAGCCACAUAAAAAAUUAUCGCACGAAAAAUCAACUUUCGAAUAACAGCCUACCGAAUAAUCGAUUGAUUUCCAGCCAUUUAGUUAACAAUCCUAUUAAUAAUCAUCCUAGACAUUCACGAAAGAAUCACAUGAGCGAUCAAUUCAGUAAUCAGAUAAACGUACAAUCAAAAAACCAUACAAUUGCAAUGAUGAAUAAACAAAUAAACUCCCGAAUGAAUGAAAACUGUAUAAAUGACAUGAUAAAUAAUUCAGAAGGUACUGGAACGAAGAAUUCAUCUAUAAAUAUUAUUAAUCAAAAUGUAGAUAACACUCUUAUACAUAACCAUUUAAAUAAUAUCGUAUCAAAUAUAAAUUCCAAUGAUCAACAAAACGUAAAACUAAAUGUUCAUUCAAAAAUGUUUAUGAACACUAACACACAGAAUAUUUAUUACCAACCUAAUCACCAAUACUCGGUGCAAGAAAAUAAUUAUGUAUGUAAUUAUAACACAAAAUAA